AUGGCGCUCGUGAGGAGGUUGCAGACAACUCGUUUUCUGUUGAGAACAUCUGAAUCAAGUGAAUCUUUCCUUUCUGUUCGGAGUGGAAAUGAGCUCUCUUGGAUUGAGAGUGGAGAUGAUUCCAGCUUUUCGAGUAAUUUAGUAAUGAAAUUUACAUUUCCAGGAACUGACGCUCAUGGAAAGAGCGUGUAUUCACGCUUAUACGAGUGCCUCAACGCCUACACGCAUUUGCUUCGAUCUGCAAUGAUUGCAGAGUCUAUACCAUUCACGAGUAAAAAAAGAUCUGCAACGCAAGUAAAGGCUCCUCAGCUACAGAAAACGGAUGCUGUUAGAGUGUCGAUGGUAAGUCCUGGAUUUGAUUACGAACCCUAUGCACUCCAUGAGAAAUCUCGAUUUGGCGAAGGUAAAGCCAAAAGAAUCGAAAUGCAGAACCUGAAGCACAACUUGAAACUGUUCUCCAUUCUCAAUAAGCAGAUGACAUAUCUAGAAGAAUGGUUAGUUAUGGGGAAUCUUGCUUUCAAUGCUUGGGUCUUUGUUAUGGAGAUGGUCCGGAAAAGGCAGUCAAACACCAGCUAUCAGAAGUACAAUGGAGCAACAAAGCAGUCUGCUGCUCGUUUAGAGAUGAAGAUGAAGGGGUUGAUGAAGGGGCAUAUGAUGGAAAACACGUUGAAGAGUAUUUAUAAACAAUUUGAGAAUCCUGACACAAAGGAUGAUUUUUUUUUUUCUUAA